AUGUUAAAAAAGAGACUCGCUGCCAGUGUCAUCGGUGUUGGUAAGAGAAAGGUGUGGUUGGACCCUAACGAGACCACCGAGUUGGCUUCUGCCAACUCUCGUCAGGCUAUCAGAAAGUUGUACCGUAACGGUACCAUCGUCAAGAAGCCUGUCACCAUCCACUCCAGAUCUAGAGCUAGAGCUUACGCCGAGUCCAAGAAGGCUGGUAGACACAUGGGUUACGGUAAGAGAAAGGGUACCAGAGACGCCCGUAUGUCUUCUCAGGUUGUUUGGAUGAGAAGAUUGAGAGUCUUGAGAAGAUUGUUGGCUAAGUACAGAGAUGCUGGCAAGAUCGACAAGCACUUGUACCACAACUUGUACAUGGCUGCCAAGGGUAACACCUUCAAGCACAAGAGAGCUUUGGUUGAGCACAUCAUCCAGGCUAAGGCUGAGGCUGCCCGUGAGAAGUCUUUGAAGGAGGAGGCCGAGGCCAGAAGAUCGAGAAACAGAGCUGCCAGAGAGAGAAGACAACAAAGAAUCGAGGAGAAGAGACAAGCUUUCUUGAACGACGCUUAA